AUGGGAACUUUAGCAGGGGCGAGGCACUGGCCUCGACUCAUCUAUGCAAUGGCAUUUUGCCUAAUUGCUAUCAAUGUCGCUGGUGAUGAAUGGCCUUACCAUGCAUCCCAGCCAACCUACUCCUAUCCACCACAGCAUGCAGAAUACCCACCUUACCAUUACAAAUCACUUCCAAAGCAUUUAGAACACCCACCCUAUGAUCACAAAUUAUCUCCACAUGCUUAUAAGUUUCCAUCACCUUAUGUCUAUAAGUCACCACCACCACCAUCUUCUUCUCUAUCAUCUCCAUAUGUCUAUAAAUCCCCACCACCUCCAUAUGUGUACAAGUCUCCUCCUCUACCAUCUCCAUCACCACCCCCUCCUUAUGUCUAUAAGUCUCCACCACCUCCAUCUCCUUCACCUCCUCCUCUAUAUGUUUAUAAGUCUCCUCCUCCACCAUCUCCAUCACCACCCCCUCCUUAUGUCUAUAAGUCUCCACCACCUCCAUCUCCUUCCCCACCGCCUCCAUAUGUCUACAAAUCUCCUCCUCCACCAUCUCCGUCCCCUCCACCUCCUUAUAUCUACAAUUCCCAUCCUCCUCCAUCUCCCUCACCGCCUCCACCAUAUGUCUACCAAUCUCCUUCACCACCACCUCCAUAUGUCUAUAAGUCUCCUCCUCCACCAUCUCAUUCACCACCUCCCUCAUACAUCUACAGGUCUCCACCUCCUCUGUCUCCUUUGCCACCCCCACCAUACGUUCACAAGUCCCCAUAUGUUUAUACGUCCCCACCACCACCAUAUCCAAAACCAUCCCCUCCAUAUGUUUAUAACUCUCCUCCCCCACCAUCUCAUUCACCACCUCCGUCAUAUAUCUACAAGCCACCACCACCUCCAUCUCCUUCGCCACCCCCACCAUAUGUUCACAAGUUCCCAUAUAUGUAUAAGUCUCCACCACCACCAUCACCAUCACCACCUCCUCCAUAUGUUUAUAAGUCUCCUCCCCCACCUUUCCACUCACCAUCCUUGCCAUACAUUCAUAAGUCACCAUAUGCCUAUAAGUCUCUGCCACCACCACCUUCUCCAUAUGUUUAUAAGUCUCCUCCUCCACCCUCUCAUUCACCACCCCCUCUAUAUUUCUACAAGUCUCCUCCUCCUCCAUCCCCUUCGCCUCCCCCACCGUAUGUCUAUAAGUCUCUUCCUCCACCUUCUCAUUCGCCACCUCCACCAUAUGUUCAUAAGUCACCAUAUGCCUAUAAGUCUCCACCACCACCACCACCUCUUCUAUAUGUUUACAAGUCUCCUCCCCCACCUUCCCAUUCACCACCUCCUCCAUCCCCUUCGUCUCCCCCACCAUAUGUCUAUAAGUCUCCACCACUUCCAUCUCCUUCACCACCACCUCCAUAUGUCUAUAAGUCUCCUCCCCCACCAUCUCAUUCACCUCCCCCAUAUAUCUACAAAUCUCCACCUCCUCCAUCUCUUUUGCCACCCCCACCAUAUGUUCACAAGUUUCAAUAUGUGUAUAAAUCCCCACCACCACCAUCUCCAUCACCACCCCCUCCAUAUGUGUAUAAAUCUCCACCACCACCACCAUCACUAUCACCACCUCCUCCAUACAUUUAUAAGUCUCCUCCCCCAUCUUCUCACUCGCCAUCGCCACCAUACGUUCAUAAGUCAACAUAUACUUAUAAGUCUCCAUCACCCCCUUCAUAUAUUUAUAAGUCUCCUCCCCCACCUUCUUAUUCACCACCUCCUCCAUAUGUCUACAAGUCUCCACCUCCGCCAUCUCCUUCGUCUCCCCCACCAUAUGUUUAUAAGUCUCCUCCACCCCCAUCUCCAUCUCCACCUCCUCCAUAUGCUUAUAAGUCACCUCCCCCACCAUCUCAUUCAUCAUCUCCUCCAUAUGUCUACAAGUCUCCACCUCUUCCUUCACCUUCACCUCCUCCACCAUAUGCUCACAAGUCUCCGUAUAUCUACACUUCUCCUCCACCUCACUCACCAUCACUACCACCUCCCUAUAUUUAUAAAUCUCCUCCUCCACCAUUUGUCUAUUAA